GCUGAGCAAGCUCGAGUGCUCGAGUGCGGACGCUGCAUAAGCUGCAUACGGCGGAGAAUUUACCGCGACACAUCCAGUCAAUGAUGCGCACCGCCAUGCGAUCGGUGCUGCUGCUCUGCAUUGCUGCGCACAAGUCUGCCACUGCUCUCACACCGGGCAAGGUCAUCGUCGUCGGCUCGCACAACCAGGACCUCAUCACGAGCGGCGCGCGCAUCCCGCGGCCGGGCGAGACGGUGCUGCACGACACCUUCUCGCAGGCGUUCGGCGGGAAAGGCGCGAACCAGGCGGUGCAGGCGGCACUGCUGGGCGCGGAGACGCAUUUCGUCGGCAAAGUCGGGGAUGAUGCGUACGGUGCUGCCGCUUUAGAAAACUUGCGGGACCGCGGCGUUAUCAUAGACAACGUGCGCACGACAAUAACAGCACCGACGGGAGUCGCGUUCGUGGCGGUGGGCGCCGAGGACGAGACGAACUCCAUUGUGGUCGUGCCGGGGGCCAACUUCGAGCUCGCGCCGGACGACGUCGACGCCGCCAUCUUCGACGGCGCGGGAGUGCUCCUCUGCCAGCUCGAAAUACCACAAGCGACGACGCUGCGCGCGCUCGAGGUCGCCGCGGCCGCGGGCUGCGUCUCCGUGCUGAACGCGGCGCCCGUGCCGCCGGGCGGCGUCGACGACGCUUUACUUAGAGCGGCGAGCAUCGUGUGCCCGAACGAGGUCGAACUGGCCCUGCUUGCUGGUGCCAAUGAAAAGGCGACGGCGGCUACGGUGGCUGGCGCUGUUUGUGCGGCCAAGGAUCUGCAGCGGCGCGGAGCCAAGUGCGUGCUCGCGACGCUCGGAGGCAACGGGUCGCUGCUCGUCGAGGGCGACCUCGCGAUCCACGUGCCCGUCGUCGCGGGCGUCACGCCCGUCGACACGACGGGCGCCGGCGACAGCUUCCUCGGAGCGUUCGCCGCCGCGAAGUCCGCGGGCCUCUCGACGCUCGCCGCGGUGCGCGCGGCGAGCGUCGUGGCCGCGCGGUCGGUCCAGGGCCGCGGCGCCCAGCCGUCCUACGCGUCAGCGGCGGACCUCGACCUCGACGCGCUCCCGGUCGUCGAGGCGCUGCCCGAGGGUGCGGGGCUGUUCACCCUCCGCGCGGACGGGACGAUCGCAGGGCGAUAACUAGU